GGAAAAACAACCAUUCGCCGGUACCUCGAUUCCACGACUGAAAUAGGCCUACAUGCUAUCAAUAUUUUAUUAAUAAUUCCACCACCUAACUUAAAUAAUUUGUCUGGUAUGGAUGAUACGAAACGGAGACUUAUCAAGAGUUUAUCGAAAUUAAAGGCAGACGCCGUGAAAGCUGGAUUAACUUUGGACGAAGUUGAACAUGUUAUGCUUUCGAAAUGCAACGACUCUUCAAAACGCGAGCGGCAUAUCGCUACCCGUGCAGGCCAGUGCUCUGGGGACGACACUGGCGGGUCUACCGCUGGAUCUCGACAUCCUGCAUCAUCGGCUCUCACAAAAUGUUCCCGUUUUCUGACACCAUUACUCGUUUGCUUCGCGGCUCUCCUGUCAUGCCUCCAUUAUUUUGGACAUUUGAGCAGUCUGACAGACAUUCUAACAGCCAACCCGUGCUUAUGGGAAGCAAAUGUAUUGUUCAUGGAGAUUUCGAGACCAGUUGAAAAGUGCGAUUUUUGUGACGGUCUCACUUCCUUUCCGACGUACCAAGACAUUUCCCGCGAUGAAUUUUUGGACAGACACGCGUACACCAAUCGACCGGCCCUUAUUCUGGAAGGAGGAACCACAAAUUGGAGUGCCCUAGAUGUAUUCAGCUACAAGUUCUUUCAGAAUUUAUACCGGGAUAACGAUAGGGCACUGGAGGCGCAGGAGGACUGCCAGUUCUUUCCAUACAAGUCUGGAAUCGAAUCCUUCCAAGAAUUCCUUAACAUGUCUGAUGACAAAGCCAAUUUGAAGGAGGAGCAGUGGUAUGUUGGGUGGAGUAACUGCGAUACAGUGAUCUCAGCUGAGCUUAGGAAACAUUACACAAUGCCCCACUUUCUUCCUGAAGGUUCUGAGUCGAGUAUCACAGACUGGAUAUUUAUUGGUGGACCUGGACUAGGGGCUAACGUCCAUAUUGACAGUGUGGACAGACCUUCGUGGCAGGCUCAGAUCAGUGGUUCUAAAACAUGGACGCUCAUCCCUCCACCAGAAUGUGAACACGUCUGUCAUGAAAUCAAUGCUACCAUGGUCAAAGGGAAUGUCAUCGUGGUUGAUACCAAUAAAUGGUACCACAAAACGGAUAUCCACCCCGGCGGUAUCAGUAUCACAAUCGGCUCGGAGUAUGAUUGAAUAACCGACUCCAAAUCUGUCUGCUGUGAGGUAACGUGGUCUAAUAAAUAACUCGCCAGACUGUGAUUUGCAAGGUGCGGGAUUCGAAUCCCGUCACAUCAUCGAUGGACUUUGACGAAACGUAGCUCAGAGUAGUAAGUUGCUACCCGAUGGAAUUGAUUCGAACCGUGCAAUCCAGUUGCUGGUUUCCGUUUGGUGAAAAUUGCUCUAACUAAAUGCACUAGAUUGGAAGCCCAUGAUAGUGAAAUACUCAAUUUCAGUUUCUUAUCAUGGUGUGGAAGAUUGUGAAUCGUGUUUCAAUGAUAACCAGUGGAUUUAUUUCUUAUCAAACUUCAUUAAAUUUCAAGUUUAGAAUUAACGAACGGACCGACUCAAUGUUUCGAGCCAAAGGAGAGAUGUUGCUUGAUUUUGUCUGAUUUUCUUUUACAGGAUAAACGGAGCUCAAAAAACGGGGUCGUUCGUUGGAUGUAAUAAUUUUCGUAAGAAACCCAACGCAGUGACACAAACAGCUGAAUGUAAAGACAUUUCACCUUUUAAAAAAGCAACAUCAUUCGAAUAGAAAGGUGAUCUUGAUAAUACUACAGAGAUAAUCAUUUAUGUAUAACACAGCUACAUAAUAUAUAAAUAUCCUCUAUAAUCUACCGCGCUGUUUUCAUCUCAUCCAUUGUUUCUGUGCAGAUAUACUAAAGAUAUAUUUAAAAAGAACAAACUAUAAUGAUCACCGGCUUUUCAUGUUUUUUUUGUAAAAGAGAAGUUUUAACAAAGACUGAAUGAUACAAAAUUAAUAAUUAGUCCGUUUAUUCCAAAUAAAAUUAUCAAUCCAAUUGAAAUAUACAUGUACAUCAUUUAUUUAUUGCAAGAAUUAAAUUUCUUAAUUCCCUCCCCAGGAAAAUUAGCAAUCGAAAUGUUAUCCAAAGUAGAAGAUGGAAUUAAGAGUAUUUGUACAUCAUAACUGAAGUCGAAUUUUAUUCCAUAAUCCGAAUCUAAUGAGACGAUUAAACAGUACUAUUUGUACUAAUUUGAAGUAUAGA